AGACUCAGCUUCUGGUGAAGCUCCCAGCCAUCAGCCAUGAAGGUCCUGUAUCUCCUCUUCUCGUUCCUCUUCAUAUUCCUGAUGCCUCUUCCAGGUGCUUUUGGUGAUAUAAGGAAUCCUGUUACCUGCCUUAGGAGUGGUGCCAUAUGUCAUCCAGGCUUUUGCCCUAGAAGGUAUAAACAUAUCGGCGUCUGUGGCGUCUCUGCAAUAAAAUGCUGCAAAAAGCCAUGAGGAGGCCAAGAAGCUGCUGUAACUGAUGUGGAUUCAGAAAGGGCUCCCUCGUCAGAGAUGUGCGACAUGUAAACAAAAUUAAACUGUGGUGUUCAGAUUUACAGAAUCUUGAUCCUAGUCAUUGCGGUUAUGGUGUGGUGCUAGUUUGGGCAGGCCAAUCUCUAACAUCCUUGGAACACCGUUUUCUUCUCUCCAGGCAAGGGUCAAGGAUGCCACAGUGGGGCUUGGAGUGCUUUCCAUGGUCACAGGCAUCUGUAUUAUUUGGAUCCCUUGACCUUCUCCAGUUAUUCCUGACAUUUUUGUAGAACGUGUGCUUUGCUCCUCCUGCACCCUCCCCUUGUAUGCCUACCCCACAUCUUCCCUAAAAAAAGCAAG